GGUUUGUUCGUAUACUGUAAAAGAACGAAUAAUUGUCAGUGUCUUUGUGCCUUUGCCCAAUCAGCUCCAGUUUCAGUCCGACAACUUCUCAGGAAAAAUGUUUCAGGAGAAGACGCUGGAAAAUGGUUUUGUUGAAGAAGAGAGGGAACAUACUAAGUCUUCAACUAAUAAGGUUGACCCCGGGAAGCCUGCAUCUCUGACCUGGCAGCGAAUGUUAAAUGAUGAGGAAAUUGCCAUUUCACAGUUCACUCUAAGUUUGAGAGAGAUAGUUCAGAUGGCUCCAAUAGGAUUUCGGCUGUGGCGUCAUAUCAGAGAAGAGGCUGCUAAAGGAAAUGGAGUCUUUAUAAAUCCAUUUGCUAAGCACUUUGUAACAUCUUGUCAUGGCGUUCCCUUGGGUGGUAUGGGUGCAGGAAGCAUUGGUAGAAGUUACAGGGGCGAGUUUCAGCGCUGGCAACUAUUCCCCAGAAUAUGUGAAGAGAAACCAGUUUUAGCAAAUCAAUUUUCGGUAUUUGUUUCGCGCUCAAGUGGUGAAAAGUAUUCUACGGUACUGUGCCCGGGGAGUCCAGAGGUGCUUAAAGACACUGCAGUUUCAGGUAUUGGAUCUUGGGACUGGAAUCUGAAUGGAUACAACUCUACAUAUCAUGCUCUAUUCCCAAGGGCUUGGACUGUAUAUGAGGGUGAACCUGACCCGGACCUUAGAAUAGUUUGUCGUCAAAUUUCGCCUGUUAUCCCCCAUAAUUACAAGGAGAGCAGCUUCCCUGUCUCAGCGUUUACUUUCACGCUGCACAAUUCUGGAAAGACUGCUGCAGAUGUUACCUUGCUGUUCACAUGGGCAAAUUCUGUUGGAGGACUUUCUGAAUUUUCUGGUCAGCACUCCAAUUCUAGAAUAAUGGUGAAGGAUGGUGUGCAUGGUGUACUUCUACAUCACAAGACAGCAAAUGGACAACCCCCUGUGACCUUUGCAAUUGCAGCAGAGGAGACAGAUGGUAUUCACGUCUCUGAGUGCCCCUGCUUUUUGAUAUCGGGUAACUCUCAGGGUAUUUCAGCAAAAGAGAUGUGGCAGGAAAUAAAGGAGUAUGGAUCAUUUGACCGGCUUAAUUCCACCAAACCGGCAGUGCCUUCAGAACCAGGAUCAUCUAUUGGGGCAGCUAUUGCUGCUUCUAUUACAAUUCCAGCAAAUGCCACUCGUUCUGUUACAUUCUCAUUGGCAUGGGACUGCCCUGAAGUAAACUUUUUGAGUGGAAAAACUUAUUACAGGCGUUACACAAAAUUUUAUGGUACUCAUGGUGAUGCUGCUGCCAGGAUUGCACAUGAUGCUAUUCUCGAGCAUGACCAUUGGGAGUCCCAGAUAGAAGCAUGGCAAAGGCCAAUUCUUGAUGACAAGAGGCUUCCUGAAUGGUACCCUAUCACUCUCUUUAAUGAGCUUUAUUUUCUUAAUUCAGGGGGUACAGUUUGGACAGAUGGAUCACCUCCGGUGCAUAGUUUAGUAAGCAUUGUAAAAAGGAAGUUUUCCCUUGACAGGUCCAGAUCAGGUUUGAAGGACAUUGUUGAUGUAUACCAUCAAAAUGAUACUGCUGCUGAUGUCCUUGAAAGGAUGACUUCAAAACUUGAGCAAAUUCACACUACAAUCUCAUCAAAUUCUGCAUUGGGGACAAAUCUGCUUCAAAAAGGAGAAGAAAACAUUGGGCAAUUCCUUUUUCUUGAAGGGAUUGAAUAUCACAUGUGGAACACCAAUGAUGUCAGUUUUUACUCAUCUUUUGCAUUAGUUAUGCUAUUUCCAAAAAUUGAACUUAGCAUCCAAAGAGACUUUGCAGCGGCAGUAAUGAUGCAUGAUCCCAGUAAGAUGAAACUUUUACACGAUGGACAGUUGGUCCCUAGAAAGGUUCUUGGAGCUGUUCCUCAUGAUAUUGGAAUCAAUGAUCCAUGGUUUGAAGUAAAUGCUUAUAACCUUUACAACACCGAUAGGUGGAAAGACUUGAAUCCAAAAUUUGUUCUCCAAGUUUACAGGGAUGUGGUUGCCACUGGUGAUAAGAAGUUUGCAGAAGCUGUUUGGCCCUCUGUUUAUGUUGCAAUGGCUUAUAUGGACCAAUUUGACAAGGACAAAGAUGGAAUGAUUGAGAAUGAAGGCUUCCCUGAUCAAACUUACGAUACAUGGUCUGUAUCUGGGGUGAGUGCAUAUAGUGGUGGCUUGUGGGUGGCAGCCUUGCAGGCUGCAUCAGCCAUGGCACGUGAAGUAGGUGAUAAGGGUUCCGAGGAUUACUUUUGGUUUAAAUUUCAGAGGGCAAAGGCCGUGUAUGAGAAGCUAUGGAAUGGUUCCUACUUCAAUUUUGACUGUAGUGGAGGAAAUGCAAGUUCUUCUAUUCAAGCUGAUCAAUUAGCUGGGCAAUGGUAUGCUAGAGCCUGUGGUCUUUUCCCUAUUGUUGAUGAAGACAAGGCUAGAAGUGCACUAGAAAAGGUCUAUAAUUACAAUGUCUUAAAGGUGAAGGAUGGAAGGCGGGGGGCUGUCAAUGGGAUGCUACCUGAUGGAACGGUUGACAUGUCGUGUAUGCAAUCGAGAGAAAUAUGGUCCGGAGUCACAUACGCCGUUGCUGCAACGAUGAUCCAUGAAGAUAUGAUUGAUAUGGCAUUUCAGACUGCAGGUGGAAUCCAUGAAGCUGCAUGGUCCAAAGAAGGACUUGGCUAUUCUUUUCAAACUCCAGAAGGUUGGAACACCAAGGACCAAUGCAGAUCUCUAUGUUACAUGCGCCCUUUGGCCAUAUGGGCCAUGCAGUGGGCACUAACAAGAACAAAUAUUUUUGAGCCAGAGAUUAAACCAGAAGUGAAGGAAGAUUCUUUAUUUAGGCAACAUUCUGGAUUCUCCAAAGUUUCUCGCCUUUUAAAGUUGCCUGAAGAGGCAACAUCUAGAAGUCUUUUACAAGUUGCAUAUGACUACACUAAGAAGAAAAUUGGGAUGUAACUGAAGUUUCUACAACUAUCUUGAGCUCUGUAAAUAAUUCUACUUGAUUGUUGUAACUAGUAUCCUGUAUCAUACAACCACAGUGUUUGUGUUGUAGAAAAAUUGAUUUGUUCAACACAGCUAUUUGAUAUAUUUGUAUAAUUGUAUUCAUAUGGGCUCUA